AACUGGCGCGACCACAAUGGUGAGCCGUGAGGUUCCGAACAGUCAAAGAUGAAGAAACCGUUGGGGGAUCCGAAAUGACUGCGCUAAAAACGAGGGGUCCCCCCACAGUAACCGGAAGAGAUAUAGAUGAGCAGGCUGAAAGUUAUGCCAUCCCAAAGCCACUUUUUGGUUAGCUUACCACCUUGUAUUCUUGCUGCUUAUCUGCAUCUGAUCAUUAUAGCAAACCCCAUUUUGUGUCGCAAAUUUGUCUCCUUUUUUUUGUGUGUGUGUGUGUUAAGAUCUGAAGCAUAAUGGGAAGGAUGGAUUAUUUGGCUCUGAAAACUGAUCCGGCCACCGCGGAUUUGAUCGGCUCUGAUAUGAAUGAGCUCAAGAUUGCCGCUAAGAGGCUUAUUAAUCAUGCCACCAAACUUGGUGGCCUCGGCUUUGGGACUUCUUUCCUCAAAUGGGUCGCUUCCUUCGCUGCAAUUUAUUUGUUGAUAUUGGAUCGAACCAACUGGAGGACGAACAUGCUUACCGGACUUUUAGUCCCUUACAUUUUCUUUAGCUUUCCUUCAGUACUGUUCGAUUUUUUUAGAGGAGAGGUAGGGAAAUGGAUUGCUUUCAUCGCAGUUGUACUAAGGCUUUUCUUCCCACGACACUUCCCUGAUUGGCUGGAGAUGCCAGGAUCUCUGAUUCUUCUUCUGGUUGUGGCUCCAAGCUUCUUUGCAGACACCUUGAGGGACAAUUGGGUUGGUAUCUUGAUCUGCCUCAUCAUCGGCUGUUACCUAUUGCAAGAACACAUCCGAGCAUCCGGUGGAUUCAGAAAUUCCUUUACACAAACCCAUGGAAUCUCCAACACUGUUGGCAUUAUCGUUCUGUUAGUGUACCCCGUAUGGGCGCUGGUGGUCCACUUCAUCUAGGCAUUGAAUUUGUCAGUGUCAUGAUUUAUUAUAUUUGCCAGCAUUUGUUUCUCAGCAUUUAUAUGUAAAAGACCCCAUAUAUAAUAUGAUGAGUGGCAACCAUUAUGUCCAA